UCCCCGUCCCAGGAGCGCGGCCGGGGGCGGGGAGGGCGCGGGGCCGGCCUGGCGCUCGGGGCCGAGGGAGGAGGAGCAGGCGCGCCCAGCCGGCCGGACUCGGGCCGAGCGAGGGGGCGGGGAGAGAGGGGUGGAGCGCGGGGAGCCAGGCGAGGGGCCGCGACGACGGGACUCCAUUAGCCGCUCGGGCCGGGAGGAGCCGCACGACGCCGCCCUGCCAGCCGCCGCCCUCACGCCUGUGGUCGCGCGAGCCCCGGGCCGGGAGCGCCAGAGCGCGCGGAAGGAGCCAUGGCUCUGGACGGGAUAAGGAUGCCAGAUGGCUGCUACGCGGAUGGGACGUGGGAACUGAGUGUCCAUGUGACAGACCUGAACCGCGAUGUCACCCUACGAGUGACCGGGGAGGUGCACAUCGGAGGGGUGAUGCUCAAGUUGGUGGAAAAGCUCGAUGUAAAAAAAGAUUGGUCUGACCAUGCUCUGUGGUGGGAAAAGAAGAGAACGUGGCUGCUUAAGACACACUGGACCUUGGAUAAGUACGGGAUCCAGGCCGAUGCCAGACUGCAGUUCACCCCCCAGCACAAGCUACUCCGCCUGCAGCUCCCCAACAUGAAGUAUGUGAAGGUGAAGGUGAACUUCUCUGAUAGAGUCUUCAAAGCUGUUUCUGACAUCUGUAAGACCUUCAAUAUCAGACACCCUGAAGAACUUUCUCUCUUAAAAAAGCCCAGAGAUCCAACAAAGAAAAAAAAGAAAAAGCUAGAUGACCAAUCUGAAGAUGAGGCACUUGAAUUAGAAGGACCUCUUAUCACUCCUGGAUCAGGCACCGAUGUUCUUUACAUUGGCCCUCUGAAAGGAAGUAUAUAUUCAAGCCCAGGACUGUAUAGUAAGACAAUGACCCCCACUUAUGAUGCUCAUGAUGGGAGCCCCCUGUCACCAACUUCUGCUUGGUUUGGUGACAGUGCUCUGUCAGAAGGCAAUCCUGGUAUACUUGCUGUCAGUCAACCAAUCACAUCACCAGAAAUCUUAGCAAAAAUGUUCAAGCCUCAAGCUCUUCUCGAUAAAGCAAAAAUUAACCAAGGGUGGCUUGAUUCCUCAAGAUCUCUUAUGGAGCAAGAUGUGAAGGAAAAUGAGGCCUUGCUUCUCCGAUUCAAGUAUUACAGCUUUUUUGAUUUGAAUCCAAAGUAUGAUGCAAUCAGAAUCAAUCAACUUUAUGAGCAGGCGAAGUGGGCUAUUCUCCUAGAAGAGAUUGAAUGCACAGAAGAAGAAAUGAUGAUGUUUGCAGCCUUGCAGUACCAUAUCAAUAAGCUGUCAAUCAUGACGUCAGAGAAUCACUUGAACAAUAGUGACAAAGAAGUGGAUGAAGUUGAUGCUGCCCUUUCAGACCUGGAAAUUACUUUGGAAGGGGGCAAAACAUCAACAAUUUUGGGUGAUAUAACUUCCAUUCCUGAACUUGCUGACUAUAUUAAAGUUUUCAAGCCCAAAAAGCUGACUUUAAAAGGUUACAAGCAAUAUUGGUGCACUUUCAAAGAUACAUCUAUUUCUUGCUAUAAGAGCAGAGAAGAAUCCAGUGGCACACCUGCUCAUCAGAUGAACCUACGAGGAUGUGAAGUCACCCCGGAUGUAAACAUUUCAGGCCAAAAAUUUAACAUUAAACUCCUGAUUCCAGUUGCAGAGGGUAUGAAUGAAAUCUGGCUUCGUUGUGACAAUGAAAAACAGUAUGCACACUGGAUGGCAGCCUGCAGAUUAGCCUCCAAAGGCAAGACGAUGGCGGACAGUUCCUACAACUUAGAAGUUCAGAAUAUUCUUUCCUUCCUGAAGAUGCAGCAUUUGAACCCAGAUCCUCAGUUAAUACCAGAGCAGAUCACAACUGAUAUAAACCCUGAAUGCUUGGUGUCACCUCGCUACCUAAAAAAGUAUAAGAACAAGCAGACUUACGGGUUGUUCUCAGAAGGUAGGGACCAUGCACUACUACUCAGAUUCGCAGAAAAAGGAUGCAAAAAACAGAUGCCAGGCUAUGUAAGAGAUUUGAUAACAGCAAGAAUCUUGGAGGCCCAUCAGAAUGUAGCUCAGAUGAGUCUGAUCGAAGCUAAGAUGAGGUUCAUUCAAGCAUGGCAGUCCUUGCCUGAAUUUGGCAUCACACACUUCAUCGCAAGGUUCCAAGGGGGCAAAAAAGAAGAGCUCAUUGGAAUUGCAUACAACAGGUUGAUCCGGAUGGACGCCAGCACCGGAGAUGCCAUGAAAACGUGGCGGUUCAGCAACAUGAAGCAGUGGAAUGUGAACUGGGAGAUCAAAAUGGUCACUGUAGAGUUUGCAGAUGAAGUCCGGUUGUCGUUCAUUUGUACUGAGGUAGAUUGCAAAGUGGUUCAUGAAUUCAUCGGUGGCUACAUAUUUCUCUCAACACGUGCGAAAGACCAGAAUGAGAGCUUGGAUGAGGAGAUGUUCUACAAGCUCACCAGUGGUUGGGUGUGAACAGAAACACUGUGUGAUGGAACUUCACGGCCAUAACCAUAUUUAACUUUAAAGCUGUUGUUUAUUAUAUGCUGCUUAAUAAAGUAAGCUUGAAAUUUAUCAUUUUAUCAUGAAAAACUUUUUUGCCUUACCAGACCAGUUAAUAUGUGCACUAACAAGCACGACUAUUAAUCUGCUACCAUGAUACAAUAUAUGGACUGUUGAAUAUGGCACAUUCCUUAGGGCCAUGAAUUGAAAACUGAAGUAGUGGGCAAAUCAGGAACCAACUGUCACUGAUUUAAACUAGCCAAUCUAUAAGCAACAAGCCAUGUACUCUAAAACUACCCAGGGCUUAACCUAUAUGAAGUCUAUUUAUCAUGUCUAAUGCAUGUUUUUAAUGUGUGUUUUUUAUUUGAUGUCCUGUUUUAAAAUAUCCUACUUCUAGUAGCCAUUUGAUCCCCCCAAUAUGAAAUCAGGCUUGCAAAAGAUGCCUGAUAUUUGAAGUGUCAUUGUUUGACCUUGAAGGAAAUGCUGUUUAUCUGUCAUGCUUGGUUGGUUUUUGUCCUUGAAUAAGCAUGUGUGUAUAUUGUCCUGUGUUUUGUUUUCACACCAUACUGUAUUACAGAACGUUUAGUCUUCACCAGCAUAUUCACUGUCUGCCUAAAUAUGCACCUUUUGCAUUACAAUAUGAAGUAAAGGUCUAUGAAGUAUGCAUUUUGUGUAACUAAUGUACAAACACAAAUUUUAUAAAAUUGUACAGUUUUUUAAAAACUAUUCACAACUAGCAAAUGGCUUACAUGUAGCAUCCUUGCAUUAAAAUAUAUAAUUAAUAUGCAGUUUAAUAUCUGCUAAAUUAAGAAUGACUUCAUUAUGGUCAUGACUUGCCACAAUGUCCUUAACUCUAACGUCUGGACUGGCCGUAUUCCAGUCUCUCGCGCUGUUACAAUCUGCAUUGGUGCUAGUCAGAAAACUCCUAGCUCACACAGCCCAAGAGGGUGCCAGGGAGGGGUGAUUACCAGUAUUGUCCAAUAAUCCAUGGUUUAAAGACUGUAUAAAUGCAUUUUAUUUUAAAUAAAA